UGAAUGGGCUCGCUCUAGGCGCUAAACUUUGAUCAUCUGGCUUAAGAAAAUUGUUGGGCAUAAUCGGCCUACAGAUGCACGAAGUACCCGUAAGAUUCUGUAGGCCUAAACCGGGUAUGUUAUAAUAUAUUUUCUUGAAGAAGAAGAAACAUGUUUAGUAAGCCGAGAGGUUUGGAAUUUUUUCCGUACCCUUCCGAUGCUUCACCCUAUCUGAUAUCCUCUCCCUCCAUUUUGGGUCCUGCAAAUGAACCCGGAGAAGAAUAACGGCAGUAACGACGGCGGCGGAGCGCCGCUUCCGUCGAUGUUUCCUCCUUUCCUGACGAAAUGCUACGAUAUGGUGAACGAUCCCGCAACGGAUGAUACGGUUUGCUGGGGCGAUAGCGAAAACACGUUCAUAAUAAAAGACCAGCAUACAUUCUCGCGGGAUCUCUUGCCCAAGUAUUUCAAACAUAGCAAUAUCUCCAGCUUUAUCAGGCAACUCAAUACUUAUGGCUUUAGGAAGGUUGAUCAUGACAAGUGGGUGUUUAAAAAUGAUGGUUUUGUAAAGGGGAAAAAGGUUUUAUUAAAAACCAUUACACGUAAGAAAUCAAGCCACAACAAUAUUCAUCCACAGCAAGAGAAAUUCUCCUCUGUCAAAGCUGUUGAAGUUGGGCAAUUCGGUCUCGAGCAGGAAAUUGAAAGGCUCAAGCGGGAUAAGAAUCUUCUUAUGCAGGAGCUGGUAAUUUUGAGGCAGCAUCAACAGAAGACUGAUGCUGAAAUAAAUGAUUUGAGACAGCGUCUUCAAGGAAUGGAACUGAAUCAGCAACAGAUGCUCUCAUUUCUUGCAAUGGCUGUUCAGAGUCCCACUUUCUUAUCCCAACUAGUUCAGCAGAACAUAAAUGGUAGAUGGAGAUCUGAGAUGAACAAGAAACGAAGGCUUCCUGCCCCUGCCCAACAAGACGGUGCGGCAGAUGGCUUAGAGUCGUCUGAUAAGCAGAUUAUCAAAUAUGAACCAUCUGUAAUGGAAACAUCAGAUCUUUAUGUGGAAGAAGCUGAGUUAAGUCCAGAUCCAUCGAGAAAUUCUAAGUCUGCGUUUGAUGGGGUUAAUGACUUGUGUGCUGAUGUAGAUCAUAUAUCUAUUGGGGAAAACUCAUACAAGGAUACUGAUGGGGAGAAUACUUUAGAUUUUUCAGAAUAUUUAGAGAAGCUUUUAGCUAGCCCAGUAUUGGAGAAUAAUGGACUAACAGAACAACUUUAUUUUGAUAUUCCUGACUUCACUCUUGAUUUUGAUUUUCCAGUGGAGGAUGUGGAAAUGGAAACACCCCUAAAUACAGUUACUUCAGGUGAAAUAUCGAAGUAGAUUUUAUUUUUUAUUUUUUGUAUUUCUGCUCGUAUAUAAAAAAAAAUAAAAUAGAACUGUC